GCAGGCAAUAUGGCCAAACCAUCAAAAGAAGAAGCCAGAGCGCUUGAAUUGGUCGAGACAGCCAGCGAGUCGCAGACCUCGAGUGCUUCAACGAGUCGACGAACAAGUCUACACUCCGUCUCGUCAAGUUGGAGCGAACGCACGCAUUCAUUCAUGGACAAAGUCAUGCAUCGAAAGAAAUCACAUACCGACGAUAGCCUCACGCAGACCUCAAGUACGGAGUCAGGAGUGUCGGCGGCGGAGACGGAAGCAGUGGCUAGCUCAUAGCCACAUCGAUACCCACAAUUCAACAGCGGCUUUGAUC